CGGCAGAGGGAGGGUUGUUGAGUAGCAAGGUGGGGCGUUUUCGAGCAGUAAGAAGCAACAAGUUGCCCUGGCAGGCGGGCAAGCGGCUAUUCCAUCGUGUUUCCAGCGGCAGGUGGUCACCGCGCGUCCAGCACUUCCCCGCAUCUUGUGAAUGGGACUAUGAACGCAGAGUCUUCAGAGACCCGGGUUGUCAUGGACGGAGUAGACCAACUUCUUUGAAGUAGCUCAAGUCUAUUAUUCUUUUCUCUUGGACACGGAAAGUGACGUUUGGUGAACUGGUAGAGUAUCUGGCCACGCGCCUCUGCGCUCUCUGUGAAGAGCCUUUUGACACUUUUUUUUUUUUUUUAGCUGAAUUUUAUCGCACUGUAAAUAAUGGCACUCGCGAGAUUCAGCAGAAUACUCCGUCUGCCAACACUUGAAAUCAAAAAGAAAGUAAAGCAGUAUGAGCACGUCCAUCGGGACAUCGAUCCAAACGACAUAUGGGAAAUUAUUGGCGAGCUGGGCGACGGAGCGUUUGGGAAGGUCUAUAAGGCCAGAAACAAAGAGACAGGAGCUCUGGCUGCAGCCAAGCAGAUCGAGACGAAAAGUGAGGACGAGCUGGAGGACUACAUCGUUGAGAUAGACAUCCUGGCUAAAUGUGACCACCGCUACAUUGUCAAGCUGCUUGAUGCAUUUUACCAUGAGAACAAACUGUGGAUCAUGAUCGAGUUCUGCCCUGGAGGUGCUGUGGAUGCCACAAUGCUAGAGUUGGAUCGCGGGCUGACGGAGCCACAGAUUAAGGUGGUUUGUCGACAGAUGCUAGAAGCUCUGGUCUACCUCCACAGCAUGAAGAUCAUCCACAGAGACCUGAAGGCCGGUAACAUCCUUCUCAUGCUGGAUGGGGACAUCAAACUGGCUGAUUUUGGAGUAUCUGCAAAAAACACCAAAACCUUACAAAGAAGAGAUUCUUUCAUUGGAACGCCAUACUGGAUGGCCCCAGAGGUGGUUAUGUGUGAGACAAUGAAGGAUGCCCCAUAUGACUACAAGGCUGAUAUCUGGUCUCUGGGAAUCACUCUGAUCGAGCUAGCCCAGAUUGAACCCCCGCACCAUGAGCUCAACCCCAUGAGGGUGCUGCUGAAGAUCACCAAGUCGGAGCCUCCCACCCUGGAGCAGCCACACAAAUGGUCACAGGAGUUUAAAGAUUUCCUGAGGAAAGCUUUGGAUAAAAACCCAGAGACCCGUCCGACUGCAGCACAACUCAUGGAGCACCCUUUUGUGAGAUCUGUGACGUCUAACCGUCCACUGCGGGAACUGGUGGCUGAGGCCAAAGCUGAGGUCAUGGAGGAAAUUGAGGACAAUAGAGAGGAAGGAGAGGACGACGACGCCAUGGAGCUCACUGUGCCUCCAGGUAAGGAGCCUUGUCAGACCAGUCAGACCAGUCAGGUCAGUUUGGAGGGAGACCAGUCUCCGGACAACCCGAGCCCUACCAUGCCCUCCCCAUCCACACCAAUACCUUUUCUCAGGAAGGGGGCAGAGCCAGUUGUACCAACAGACCAACCGAUUACGGUGGUCCCUGUUCCCCUACCACGGCAGAAUCCCCCUACUAGAAAUUCAUUGGAGUUGGCUGACAAACUGGCCGAUGAAGCCACUCUUGAGUCUGAGAAAUCUGAGAGUGAGGGGUCAACCAAGACCUCCAGCUCAGAUUCGGGCAUUGAGGAUGGGAAGAGUACCCCCACAUCGGAGGAGGAAAAGGUUGCUGUGGAGACCCCAGAGACAGAACAGCCACCAUCUCUCCCCCAGCCGGAGGCAUCUGUUGACAUCACCAUAGACUCAGAGGUGGCCGAGGAGGAGAGCAACGUUGUGGCUAACGGAGGCUUACUAACUCCAAGCUCAAGUCCCGCUGUCACUCCUACACCCUCUUCAGUACCUACGCCCUGUUCUGGUACCCAAGACCGGACAUCGACAGGAGGAAAUACUGAGACUGUUUCUGCUUAUCUAAAUGGCGGGAUUAUCAACAACCGGUACUCUUAUUCAGGCAGCAUGGCAUCAGAGAGCAUGGACAUGUCAAUCUCCAAGGAGAACAUCUCAUUGAGUGCAAAGGACUUCUCAAGUAAGACUCUGAAGCGGACCAGGAAGUUUGUCAUCGAUGGUGUACAAGUGAGUGUGACCACCUCCAAGAUCAUCGGGGAUGAUGAGAAGAAAGACGAGGAGAUGAGAUUCCUGAGACGUCAGGAGCUGCGUGAUCUCCGUUUGCUGCAGAAGGAAGAGCACCGUGCUCAGACUGUUCUAAGCGCCAAGCUGUUGGCACAGAGAGAACAAAUGCAAAGACACUUUGACCAGGAGAUGAAUGCCAAGAAGAAGCACUACGAUGUGGAGCUAGAGAACCUGGAGAAGCACCAGAAGCAGACUAUUGAGAAGAUGGAAGGAGACCACCAUGUUAAACUCAAGGAAGAGACUAAACGCAUCAAAGCAGAGCAGGAACGCAACUACCAAAAAUUUCUGGAUCAGCAAAAACACAAGAAAAAGGAGGUAAAACAAUCUGUUGAUAAGCUGCCCAGAAGUCAGCGUAAAGAAUCAAUGAAGCAGAUGAUGAAUUCCUUCCAAGAAAGUAAAAUACAGGAGGAGAACGAGUUCUUGCAAGCUCAGAAGAACCACCUGGACACUACGCUGAAGAAAAUCAUCUCCAACAACAAGAGGGAGAUUGCAGAGACGGAGAGGGAAUGCCUCAACAAGAAACAGAACCUGAUCAGAGAGCGUGAAGCUACGAUAUGGGACAUGGAGGAGAAGUACCAUUAUGAGAGACACCAGAUGUUAAAGCAGCAGCUGAAAGACCAGUACUUCCUCCAGAGGCAUCAACUUCUCAAAAAACAUGAAAAGGAGCAGGAACAGAUGCAAUGCUACAAUCAGCGAAUGAUUGAGAUUCUGAAAGGUCGGCAGCAGCAGGAGAAGAACCGGCUGCCUAAGAUCCAGCGCGGGGAGGCGAAGACCCGCAUGGCCAUGUUCAAGAAGAGCCUCCGCAUCAACUCAACGGGCAGCGCCUCAGGGGACAGAGAGAAGAUCAAACAGUUUUCUCUGCAGGAGGAGAAGCGGCAGAAGGCAGAGAGGGUGCAUCAGCAGCAGAAACACGAGAACCAGAUGAGAGAGAUGAUUGGCCAAUGUGAGAGCAAUGUCAGAGAGCUGCAGCAGCUACAGAAUGAAAAAUGUCACAUGUUGGUUGAGAAUGAGACUCAGAGGCUCAAGGAUUUGGAUGAAUGCCACAACCAGCAGCUGAGGGAAUGGAGGGAUCAGCUGAAACCCAGAAAGAAGGCCCUUGAAGAGGAGCUAAACACGAAGAAAAGGGAGCAGGAGGCUUUUUUUAGGAUGAGUGAGAGCUCUGAUUGCCCAAACCCAAGUUCACCCAACAAACUCUCCAAGUUUGUGCCUUACCAGGACUCUUCUACCACAUAAGCUGCUGUGACAUUGCACAAUAACCAUACACCCACAGGUAUUACAAAUGCCUACUGCCUGUUGGCUUUGCCUGAAAUGGCAGCAUACCGAUUCUCCCAAUUAGGUUUCUCUAUUGUUUUAGUGAAUAUUUAUGUUUUAGCUCAUGAUUUUUCUUUAACAUUUGUGUUGUAGUAUGUGAUGGAUUUAAAACAAAUGUGCUUCACAUGACUCAGUUACAUAGUAUCUAAUCCCAUACAGUGUUUUAAUUUCCUUUUUUCUGUUUCUUCUUAUUGCUCACCAGUGGAAGUGUGAGGGUAAUAUGACACAGUGGCUGUGAGUUUAAACUUAUCUGUCUUAAUGAGUAAAAUGUGAGGGUAGAAAUGCAUGAGUUUGUUUCUUUGAAAGCUGGUGAGCCAGUAACUAAGCACUUUUCGUUUACCCCAAAUUAUCAGUGCUGUCUUCCAAAUAUCAUGACCAAAAACACAUCCAAAAUGUAGUAAUUGACAGACUUUUUCCAUUUUUCCCCUAUUUCUGUAUGGCUUGGCAAAGUCACCGGCUUUGUCCAUAAGUCAUAUAGAAGCUAAAGUCUGCCUUUAUUUAUUUUACUGAAAACAACCUUAUUCAGAUUCAUCACUGUAAAUGCUAAUUUAAAUAUUUUCUCUCUUCUUUUUUGUUUUUUAAAACCCACACCCAUGCUAUGAAGGAUGCGCUUAUUAUUUUGUAUCUUGUUUGAAAUGUGGGAUGAGACUAACUCAGAAUUUAAGUUUCUUUUAAAUGAUUAUUUAGGAAUGAGAUUUUAACAAGACAGAGGGGACUAAUUGUUAUUCACAAAGUGUUAUUAUUUUGUGACAUUUGUUUUUCUGUCAUAUUUUUUUACUGUAAAAUCAGUCACUGGAUGGGAACUGACAAAGCCAAAGAAAAAUACUGUUGUUCUUUGAAGGAUGUUAGAUUAGGGGAUUUAAAAUUGAAUUUAAAAAAAUGUGUAUUAAGUGUAUUUGUUAUACAUGUGCAGUAAAUGCACUGCCUGCUAACCAAAGUGCAAUAUUACAUGUAUGUCUCUGCUGAGCUUAAAGAGGUUUAUUUUUCUUAAAACUUUGCCUUUCUUUGCACUGAGAAGGGGAAUAAUAUAAAUAGUUUAACUCCAAAAAUAGAUGCAUCAGCCAUUUUGAAAUAAACAGCAUUGCUUAAAAAAUAUUCUAUCUUUGUAAAAUAAAAUAAAAAGUUGUAUUGUGAAGCAAUAAUUUAGGGUUUAAUUUUUUCCAAAUGAUCUGAUUUUUGAAAAUAACUCUUCAUAUCAGUUUUAGGGGAGUGCAACAAUUCAGACCGCUGUUUCCUCUAGAUGUUCAACCUUAAACUAAAACCUUGAGUUUGCAGCUGAGGAACGUAUUGCCUUGUUGAGUGAGAGAGUUUUUCUUUAGAGCAGUCUGGCGUGCGGAUUUUCAUUGAACCAGGUCAGCAAUCAGGUACAGCUUACUCUCUCUCCCUCUCACACACACUCUCUCAAAAGUAUUUAAAUUCUUUUGUAAAAUUUCUUCUUCUGUCAUGUUUAAUGGCUCCAAAUAUGCCUUCCUCUGCCUCAGUUUAUGUGACAUUGUUUGUAUGGAGGGGUUGUGAGUGUGAAUGAAACUGUAUCAGAAGGAACCACUGUUGUAAAUGACUCUUAAUAAAGGCAGAUUUUCUAAUUA